CGCAGAGCAGAUGUGAGAGUAGUGAAUGGCAGUGAGUGUUGCGAUAGUAAACAAUAAUUUCUUUUGAAAUUUAUAAAUAAGCAAAAUUUUAUUGAUUUCUGUUGACAUCAGCAGGACGCACUAUUACAAUCCCACUAAUCGUCUAUUAAUUUUAUGCUCUGUAUACGUCUUUCACUGCCCUUUAAGUUGCCUCCGAAAUGACUACAAUGGUGGAACUCGAAAGUUGGCUCAUUUAUCAGUGCAUUGCGACAGAAUGCAGCAAUUGUUUGUGAUUUUUUGAGUUGGUCCCAAUUUUUAAACACUAGGUCUAAUGUUGGAAACACCAGUCAUGAGCGAGAGCGCAUUCAAGGCGCGUGACAUCGGCCUACGUGCCCAGAAAAAGAUUUUGUCUCGCAUGGCCGGUAAAAACGUGGCUCGUGCAUUCAUCGACGACACUACUGCAUCCCUAUUGGAUAACUUAUACCGUCUUGCCAAGCAAUACUCCCAUAACAAGAAAGAAGCGGAAAAGCUGAUAAAGAAUAUCAUCAAAGUGGUGAUUAAACUUGGGGUUCUUCACCGAAAUGGCCAGUUUUCAAGCGAGGAAUUGAAACAAGCGGAACGGUUCAAAAGCAAGUUUCGCAUGGCUGGAAUGGCUAUCAUAUCGUUCUACGAAGUGGACUUCAGCUAUGAUAGGAAUUAUCUAACUACGGCUCUUGCAGAGUCACACAAGUGCCUCCAGUUUAUCGUGUCCAAACAUCUUACCGAAAAGUCCUUAUCACGAAUCGAUAGCGUUUUCAGUUUCUUCUCGAACGAACAGUUCCUAGAUGAUAUUUUUCAAGUGAAUUCGGAAUAUAGAGAAACAUUGGGAAGAAUCGUCGCCGAUCUCAAUAAAGCUAUCGAAAAUGGCGAUCUUUAGUGAAACAGCGACGGUUUUUGUGAUUAUUUUGUUGUGAUUUUAAUUUAAUUGUUUUGUGUAUUGGACGUCAGUAGUUGUUGCAUGGGACUAGGUUUGUGUUAUUGUACCUAAGAAUCUAUUUUUAUCGUUGCCUUCUUUACAAUGUUUCGUUCGACGUUCAGUGUUGAUAAAUGUUACCCUUUCAAAGAAUUAUUUCAGUUUCUUGGGGAAAAGUAGAAGUGGUCCAAAUAAUUUUAUUUGUCUGAUAAGCAACAGAAAUUUGAAUCGGACAUCAUAAAUAUCUACAAAAAUAAUUAAACGCCACAUUUAUAAAUUCCUAAAUGAAAAAAAAAAACUAUUUUUAUAUAAACUAAAUUGUCAAACUUCUGUUGCUGUCUACAUAAAGAAAACGCUUAAAUCUUGGAAAAGACACAAAUAUGCUUAGCCACACUAUGUAGAUCGUAGUUUCUGGUCCACGUUUCAUGAUUUUUGUAAAGACAUUAAGGCACGUGUACAUAUUAAUUGACAUAUCUUUUAUUUACACGAUUUAACGAUAUUGUAGAUUAAGAUAUUUUUGCACCAAGAACUUUUUAAGGCCGGUCAAAUCACUAUUCACGAGCCUAAAACUGUUGUGCAUUUCUAAUAAAAAUAAAACAGUAAGUAAAGACAAUAAGUCAGUCAUCUUCUAUUCAUUUUCUACUAGUCAUAAGUCAUUUAUUUCCUAUUUAUUGAGUUAAGCCAAAUAUCGAAUUAAGUUUUUGUUGUUUUUAUGACAGGGCGAUUUUUGUAACUUUGUACCGAAUUGUUUCUUGCCUGGUUUUUGUGCAAACAUUGAAACUUGAAUGAAUUCAGUGAUAAAAACUCAUUUUUUGCAUGAAAAUAAUUCCAUUUAUUGUUACACUAUAAGGAAGUAGAUCUCAGAUAUUCGGCAAUGUAUGUUUUCAAUGUUUUAAGUAUUUAGUUGUUCGUUAUAUAAAAUAAUAAACAACAUCUAAUACGAAUCUUUUUUUUCUUGAUGGUUCCCCUGUCGCGAUUAAUGACCAGUGUCACCACGUUAACAAAAAAAAAAUCCCUUGCCGUACUCAAAUUUUUGACGCUUCUGUGCUGAAUUAUUGAAUUUUGUCACUGUUUCAGUUGCAAUAAUUUCUAUUAUUUACUUUUAGUGUAAAAAUGUCGACUCAGGACAAUAAAAAGCCUGACGUAAUUCGCAAAAUUAACGAAAAUAUCAUGAAGUUUAAAUACCGUCAUGAUAUUUCAACUGACGCCAAAGUGCACGUCGGUUUAAACCCCUGGUUUUUGCAAAUGAGACAAGAAGUCCACAAUUUGCACGAAAUUCACUUAACGGCAAGGAAAGCAAAAAUGCGUGAACUCUUCAUUCAGGACUUUUUACGGGAAAGACAAGAGCUUCAGGAGGUCGAUUUUGACUACACCAACACUCAACCAUAAAAGUUGUAAAAACAAAAUUUAUUACAAAUAAAUAUACAUGAACAAGA